UAAUAGUAUAUUAUUCAAUAUUUCAAUAUUGAGUAAUAGUAUAUUAUUCGAUAUUUUAAUAUUGAGUAAUGAUAUAUUACUUGAUGCUUCAACAUUAAGCAACAAUACUUCAUCAACUUCUUGCACUGUCAAUGCAG